UUUUUUCCACAGAUUAUUGGCUUCUAAUAUUUUCCACCCUGUCUUGGCCAUGGAGAACCAAGCAGCCGAGCCGCAGAACUAUGAAGAUGUACAGAAAAGCGGAUAUCUCCGCAAGCAUAAAUCAAUGCACCGGCGGUUCUUCGUGCUGAGGGCGGCCUCGGAGCAUGGUCCUGCUCGACUUGAGUAUUAUGAGAACGAGAAGAAAUUCCGCAGUAAAUCACCUGUGCCCAAGAAAGUCCUGAACCUGGACACCUGCUUCAACAUCAACAAGCGAGCAGAUUCGAAGAACAAGCACAUGAUAGUCCUUUACACCCGCAGUGAGAGUUUUUCCAUCGCUGCAGACAGCGAGGAGGUCCAAGAUGACUGGUACCAGGCAAUGCUGGACCUCCAAUGCAACUGUAAAACUCCUGAAGACUAUGGCAGUAGUGGAGAGUGUAGCUCUCCGUCUCCUAUUCCAACAUUCAAGGAAGUCUGGCAGGUCAAGGUUUGGCCUAAAGGUCUUGGACACGCCAGGAACUUAGUGGGCAUUUACCGACUGUGCCUAACUGACAAGACAGUCAACUUUGUCAAAAUCAACUCCGAUGUGGCAUCUGUGGUGUUGCAGCUGAUGAAUGUCCGCAGGUGUGGCCAUUCAGAGAAUUUCUUCUUCAUUGAAGUUGGCCGCUCAGCGAUUACUGGCCCUGGAGAGUUCUGGAUGCAGGUGGAUGAUUCUGUGGUGGCUCAGCACAUGCAUGAGACCCUGCUGGAGGCCAUGAAGGCCCUGAGUGAGGAGUUCCGUCAACGCAGCAAAUCUCAGUCUGUGGGCACGUCGUGUGGAGGCGGUACGGCUUCAAACCCCAUCAGUGUCCCGAGUCGUCGGCAUCAUCCAAAUCUGCCACCAAGCCAGGUGGGCUUCUCCAGAAGAGCUCGCACAGAGACCCCUGGAACAGGAGGCAGCAGCACUAGCACUUCUCCUACAUCUCGCCAUGGAUUCCCCAGGGCGCGGACUGCCAGCAUCGGGGCCCGGUCGGAGGAGAGCGGAGCAAGUGCCAAAGGGACCUGGGCCAGCUCCAGCCCGAGUCUAAAUGGCUCAUGCUCAACUACGCCAACACUGAGGCCCAAACCCACUAGGGCUCCAACUCCUGCUAAGAUUACCCUCAGCCUUGCACGCUACACGCCUAACCCCGCUCCCUCUCCUGCCCCCAGCCUGUCCUCCAGCUCUGGUCACGGCUCAGAGUGUGGCCUAGUGGGGGCGGCAGUGGGCGGCAUGACGAUCUGCUCCUACCCUCGUGUUUCUCAGAGAGUUUCUGUUUCAGGUUCACCAAGCGACUAUGGCUCCUCAGAUGAAUAUGGCUCCAGUCCCGGGGAACAUUCUCUUCUUGUACCCAGUAUGUCUGGACAUCAUGCACCUGAAGGCUCCUCCAGUUAUAUAGUGAUGGGACAGCGAGAGGGCCUCCUUGGCUCCCAUCAUCGCUCAAAAGGCAGACGGAUACUACGGCGCUCAUCCAGCAGAGAAUGUGAGGCAGAGCGCAGACUACUGAGCAAAAGAGCUUCCCUGCCUCUGGCGGCCCAUGAACGACUGAAACCCCAUAGAAAAGAUGAAGAUGAUGAAGACGAUGAUGACUAUGCCAUCAUGUCGCAGAGUGCUAACCGAGGGAGAUCUGAGCUCCAUGGCUCUGGGGGUUUGGCAGUUGGGGGUGGGCAGCUGGCUGCAGUGGGGAAAAGUAGGAAGAGGAUCGACAAAAGCAGGAAAGAAGUGGAAGGCGAAGCGGGCGUGGAUACUGGCUAUAUGUCAAUGUUGCCUGGAAUCACUUCUCCACCUGCUUCACUCACUCUCUCGAUGUCCGACGCCAGUGCUAAAACGGGAGCAGAUGAUGAUUAUAUGGCCAUGACCCCCAACAACAGUGUGUCCCCCCCUCAGCACAUCCGUCAGCCCAGCACAGAGGGAUACAUGGUCAUGUCUCCCAAUAGCAGCAGCUCCACAGACCUGCCCGGGCUCGGCAUGUGGGACAGCAGCGCCAGCAUGGAGAGCCGGGCUGCCAGCGACUACAUGAACAUCUCACCUGUCUGCAGCCGAUCCGCCUGCAACACACCGCCUUCCCAUCUCGAACAACACCAACUGCAACCAAAAAUGUUCAAUUCCUACUUCUCCCUGCCAAGAGCUUAUCAGCAUACUCUCUAUUCUCGCUUCGAGGAGGACUUAAACAAAGGGGAAGGAAAAAAGGACAGCAGUGGGAAUGAUGGUGCUGCAAGUGGAGGGGGAGUGGGAUACAGCAAGAGAAACAAAACUACAGCGGGCUCUGCAGGAGGCUGUCAACUAUCCAUGUCUUCCUCUUCUUUCUCCUCCAGCUCAGCCAGCAGUGAGAGCCUUGAAGACAAGUCCUUAUCGGCAGGCAGAGGGUUAAGUUUAGUAAGAACUGGAAAAGAUGAGCGCCACCAUCAAAAACGAGGAUCUAGUAGUAAGAGCCCAAAGCAACAAAGGAGGGGUCGUCCCCUUAGUGUAUCUUCAGACAUUACUAAAGCAAACACCUUGCCCAGGGUGAAGGAGAAUCUGCUGCCAUCGGCUUCUCAAAACGUUGGUGAUUAUGUCAGCAUUGUGUACAAGGACAACAAUAAGUAUGGCGCAGGCCAACGCUCUGAACGUGGACAACCUGUGAUCCAUGGAACCAUCCGUCGUAUGAAUCAACCUCUCCUCUGCCACGAUAACCCCGCUGUCCUCCCUCGUAGCUUCUCUGCUCCAUUGUCCACUUCUGCAGAAUACGUCAGCAUGGAUUUAAGGAAGUCCCCGGCGCCCCUGACUCCUGUCCGAUCCACGUUCAGCACCCCCCAGAGCCCACCAGCUGUUGCCCCCAAGACCCGGUAUGAACACAGCACGUCCUCUCCGCUGGCAGCAGAGGGCAGUGCCGGGUACAGAACAAAAGUAAAGAUGGCCACCAUGCCAACAGACGCCCCUACUCCGAACAAAGGUUCAGAUCCGAGCAUUUCAGCAAGGCCUGCCAUCCACUCCGGUCAACCUUUGUCGAUGGAUGAGGAGAGAGGCUUGGGUUUUUCCCCAGUCAAGUCUUUCAAGUCCCCUGAUCGGAGCGGCAGAUCGAUCCGCGGUGAUCAACAGGGACGGCAGAGCCACCGCUCAGAGACUUUUAACUCUCCUCCCUCACUACCACGCCACCCACCCUCCUCUACCUCCAUCUUCCCGGAGGGAGGCCAGGCAGCGAGCCAACGGCACGGUUUGGAUUGCUCACCGUGGGAGAACCGGCAGGCAGGUGGUUUAUCAGACACUCCUCCACAACAAGCCUCCACCUCGUCUGCUGAACCAGGCCUUAACUAUAUUGACCUUGACCUGGCCAUUACGGACAGCCCUCAAGCCGGAGUGGAGUGUUCCUCGGCCGCCUACAGCAUCGGAGGAAGCAGCACUGCUGGCUCCAGCCUCAACACUUACGCCAGUAUUGAUUUCUACAAGUCAGAAGAACGGAGAGCACACUCCAGCAGUAGAAAGGAUGGACAAGACUGUUGAUCUCCAACACUCGCUCAGUGAUGGGACGGUCGGCGACGUGUUGCCAAAACAGAACCGUACUCUGGAGUCUGAAACUCAUCUCACCCCGUCUGCUGUUUUCUGUUAACCAAAUGUGUACCACACACACACACUGAC